UCCCUGCGCGCUCGGAGCGGAGCUGCCAGGUGACAGCGUAGGCAUCCUUGCCCCGCAGCCAUCCUAGUCCCGCGAGCCCCUCCUCCGCUGCCCAGGAGGUCUCCAAAUUAGCUCCCGACCCUGGCCGCGCAGCUCCAUUCCCUGGCUUCGGACCCUCCAACCCAGACUCGGGGCUGAGCCGCGUGCGCCCCCGGGCUCUGAGCCUUCGCCUCUCUGGGGAGCAGUCGGGGCUCAGCUGCUGCCCUUCAGGCACGGGGCUGCCACCUUCCCCGGUCCCACCUCCGCUGACCCCACACCCAGCCCGGCGCUCGCCUCCCGAGCUCCUAGACCAGGCCCCCCAGACGCCGCUAGAAGCAUGGGCGCCUGCACUCUGAGUGCGCCCUGGCUCCUGCUGGGGCUGGGGCUACCGCUGCUGCUGCUCCUGGGGCCUGGCCUGGCCUGUGCGCAGGAGGACGACGAAGGGGACUACGAUCUCCUAGCGCUCGCUUUCCCCUUCGAGGAGGACAAUCAGACCGACUUUGUCAAGCAGGUGGCGUCAGCAGCCUUCUACCGCAGCAACAAGCAUGCGUGGCGGCGUCCUGGCAACUACCUGGUGGUGCUGAAGGAGGAAACGCACAAAUCCCAGACAGAGCGCACCAUCCGCCGUCUCCAAGCUCGGGCUGCCAAGCAUGGCUACCUCACCAAGAUCCUCCAUGUCUUCCAUGACCUCUUUCCUGGCUUCUUGGUGAAGAUGAGCAGUGAUGUGCUGGACGUGGCACUGAGGCUACCCCACAUCGACUACAUCGAAGAAGACGCCUUUGUCUUUGCACAGAGCGUUCCCUGGAACCUGGACAGGAUUGUCUUGGCACCACACAGACCAGAGGAGUACACUCCACCCAAUAAAGGUGACCAGGUGGAAGUAUAUCUGCUGGAUACCAGCAUCCAGAGUGGACAUCGGGAGAUUGUGGGGAAGGUCACUGUCACUGACUUUGAGAAUGUUCCAGAAGAGGAUGGCACUCGCUUCCACAGACAGGCCAGUAAAUGUGAUAGUCAUGGAACCCACAUGGCUGGAGUUGUGAGUGGCAGGGAUGCUGGUGUUGCCAAAGGGGCCAGUGUCCAGAGCCUCCGGGUCCUGAACUGUCAAGGCAAGGGGACGGUCAGUGGCACGCUCAUCGGCCUGGAGUUCAUCCGAACGACCCAGAUAGCCCAGCCUUACAAUCCCCUGGUCGUCCUGCUUCCCUUUGCCGGGGGAUACAGCCGCAUACUGAACGCUGCUUGUCGGCUCAUGGCGCGCACCGGGGUGGUGAUGAUUGCGGCUGCCGGCAACUACAAAGAGGAUGCUUGCUUAUACUCCCCGGCUUCUGAACCUGAGGUCAUCACUGUGGGGGCCACAAACUCACAUGACCAGCCGAUCACCAUGGGAGUCCUGGGGACCAACUUUGGCCGCUGUGUGGACCUCUUUGCCCCUGGGGAAGACAUCAUUGGCGCCUCCAGUGACUGCAGCACCUGUUUUACCUCUCAGAGUGGAACAUCUCAGGCCGCUGCCCAUGUUGCAGGCAUCACCGCCAUGCUCCUCAAUGCCGAGCCCAGCCUGACCAUCUCAGGACUGAGGCAGAGACUGAUACGCUUCUCCAUCAAGAAUGUGAUCAACGAGGCCUGGUUCCCUGAAGACCAGAGGCUGCUGACCCCCAACUUGGUGGCCGCUCUGCCGCCCAGCCUCGAGGCAGAGGAGCAGCUGUACUGCCGGACGGUGUGGUCCUCGACCUCGGGCCCGACUCGGACGGCCGUUGCCUCGGCUCGCUGCAGCGACAAUGAGGAGAUGCUGGGUUGCUCCAGUUUCUCCAAAGGCGGGAAAAGGAGAGGAGAGCGGAUGGAGGUCCGCGAGGGCAGGAAAGAAUGCCUGGCCUACAAUGCGUUUGGGGGACAGGGAGUCUAUGCCAUCGCCAGGUGCUGUGUGCUGCCCAGAGCCCGAUGUCACGUCCAGGCAGCUCACCAGGGGGAGGCUGCUGGAGAGGUCCGUGCCCGCUGUGAUGAGGAGAGUCAUGUAGUCACAGGCUGCACCUCCCAUUCCCAAAGGGAGAAAUCCGGGGACUGGGUGAAGCCCGUCAUGAAAAGUCAUCACGGUCACAGCCAGUGUGUGAGCCCGGGGGAGGGGAGCCUUCACGCCUCCUGCUGCCACGCCCCGGACCUGGAGUGCAGGGUGAAGGAGCACGAACCCAAGGGCCCCGUGGAGAAGGUGGCGGUGGCCUGUGAAGAAGGCUGGACGCUGACUGGGUGCAGCGCCUACUCCCCGGGCCCAAACACGCUGGGUGCCUACCCCGUGGACAACACCUGCCUGGUUCAGAGCCACGCUGGCAGCGGAGGAAGCCACCCGGCGGCCGCCAUAGUCAUCUGCUGUAAGAACAGACGGCUGCCCCAGGACCAGCAGCAUUCCCAGUGACAGCUUCCUGGCAGGACUCAUGACAGAGGGGAGGGAGAAGGAUCUUCUGUGUCCUGUCUGUCAGGCCUCGGCCACAGGAUGUCACAAAGACCCUUUUCUACUUCUGGAUUUCCUCCUCUGAUCAGUGCCUUGGUGCUGGCCAUCGGAUCAGCUGGGCUUUGGCUCUGGCCUCCUGGGACCCUCCUCGAAGGAGGGGCAUCCCCCCCGAAUCCAGGGCUCACGUGAUGAGCAGGCAGCCUUGGAUGAACCUCUGGGGUUUGGUGAUUCCAGGGGGGCUGGGAAGCCCCUGGCACCUGCCCCAUAUUCCCUUCUCCCUCCCUUUCCCUCAUUAGUGAUUUGUUUCUUCAGACAUAAGAAACUGUGCCCUCCUCACAUGGAAAUCUAUCAGAGGUGGUAGGGACUCAUGAAGCCCCUCAUGUGGCCCAGCUUCAGUGAGCUGCCUACAGACCUCCUCCUACCAGAACCAGGACACAAGCCAAAAGAAGUGCUAGGCCGUACAGGGGGCAAACAAAGGGGAGAUAACAGAAACUUAUCUCACCUGGGAAUCAUAGAGUGUCAGAGCUGGGAGGGAACCUAGAACAGGGAAUGUCAGGGCUGGGAGGGAACCUAGAACAGGGAAUGUCAGAAUUGGGGUGGGGGUGGGGGCUUAGAACGAGGAAUGCUAGAACAUACAGUGCCCUCUUUUGGCUUGUAAAAGAAGGGGGGGGUUCUCUACAUGAACCCAGAGGAGUUUCAUUUUAACCUUGACAUUCCACAAUUUAGACAUUGGGAGCAGGAGAUCCUCCAGGGCAGGGGAAUAUGGGGGGGGGGAGGCAAGAUGGCCUCUCAGUGAUUGCCAUCUUACUCCCCUCCUUGGACUUGGCAUCCACUCUCUGGGUCCCAGUUUGGCCAUUCAAGCUGGGUUGCUUCUCUGAGACCCCCCGUGCUUCUCACCCCGUGCCCACCUCUGAAAUCCUGCUUCAGCCCCACUGAAGCUGUAUUUACAAGCCAGCCCCCAGAACAAACAAACAUUUCCCUGCCUUUUCUUUCCCAGCUGACACCCAGGCUGAGGCCAAGUCCAGAUUUGCAGGCCCUGCCCAACCAUCUGUAGAGAUGUUCUGCAGAGAUGGAUUUGAAUCCAAGCACUUAUUAUCAUCAAUAUCUGUCACUGUCUUUUCUGGCCCCACGAAACUUUGGUUUCAGAGCUUUCCCCCUUUUCCCACCAUACUUCUUUUGUGGAUGGCAGUGAGCCAGAGCAAAAAAGAGCACAGGCAAUAAGACCCAAGGACCUGGGUUCAGAUUUCACCUCUGCCCCUUACUGCCUGGGGGACUUUCAGCACAUCCCUUCCUUAAAAGAGGAUGUUGGACUAGAUGUAGUUGGCCCUGAGGACCCUCGCCCUUGAGAUUUAUGAUCAUUUGAAGGUGGGGGGAAGGGGGGG